UUCAAAGAUCAUCGUCCGAUAUUUAUGUAACGCGGUCCUACACGACCUACGCGCUCUCGUAUUUGUACGCAGGUAAUCAGUGAAACAGGGUUUAACAGUUCUCUUGUAUAAAAAUCAGACGAAAAUUCGAGAAGAGGUAAGUAGAAAGCACGUUUGCCUGAAUUCGAUUGGUUGACACGCGGCGUGGGACCACUGGAUUCGCCCUUAUAUGUGAAUCAACCAGACGGAUCAAGAACUACACGAUCAGUGCUAUUCCAUGGAUCACGAACAGUAAAUCUGUUUACACUAAUUGUAAGUAAUAUUCUUGAAACGUUUCUUUGAACGUAGUUUCUCUGAACGUAUUUUUACAUAUUCACGACUGAUAAUUUCGUUGGCAUACUAAAACAACGUGUUACGAGGUUCAUUAAAGGUUAAUUAAAACAGGAAGAAUUCAAAGUCUGCUUUCAUACAUACAUAUGUAUAUUGACUUUAUAUCGCUCAUUAUCUUUUAUUGGAAAUAAUAUACAGAGGUAUAUAAAAGUUCCCACUCAAACAAGUUCUUUUUACUCAGCUUUAAAGAUUUUAAAUAAUAUUAUGUAAAUACAUAACAGUAUUUACUUCUUGCUUCUCUUUUUUUUUACAAUAUUGGUUAAAAUUUGUUUAAAUAAUAUAAAGUGAAUACAUUACACACAUUAGAAAUUCAUACACAUUACAAUAACAUUUUCUUAAAUUGUAUAAAGUAAAAUAUGAUGUACGUAACGAGAAAUUUUUAUUCACCAUUGUAAGAUGAUGAUCUUUCAUCAGACUUUCAUUAACUUUCUUCAGAAUCAUUUACAAUUGCUUCGCAUAAUUCUAUCUUUCAGCGUAAAAAGAAAUAAUAAUUCAUCAGCUGUCCUUAAUGCGUUUUGGUCGUAAUUUUCGUUUGAUCGUCGAACUUCUGUGAGUAUUUAGCUGUUGCAUCUGUCUGUUCGUGUUCAUACAUGGGUUUACUGUUACUGUUACUGUUACUUUCAUGUAAAUAACUAAUUCCGCUUACGUUGUUGCAUGCGCGUAACACGAUAGCUCGGUGAAAGAAGACAAAAAGGAGGGGCUAAAUCGUGUGUAAGAAGAUUACGUGGAAUAGAAAGGACCACUGGUCAAAAGGUAUUGGAUCCGUGGAAUCCUACAUCGUGAUUGGUUGAUACCUCGCGUGGGAUCUUGCAAUCAUCCUUAUAGAUUGGAGGAUCGUCGACCUGUUCUGCAGUUUGCAGAUCACGAAGAUUCUUUGACGGUCGCAUCAAAGUGUUAGAACAAUGCUUGGGAUAAUCUGCGUUUUCAACGCUAUCUUGUACGUGACAGCUUCGGAGACAGUAAGUUCUAUGCUUAUUUGCAACAAUUUGUAUCUUAUUAUUUUAACACGUUAAAACUUUCAGAUCUGCUCAAAUGAUGGAUUUUACAUCGUUGUGUUUAGUAUUAUAAACGUACUGAUUUUUUUCACACAAAUCAAUAUUGGCUUUCCUUAGACUUAUCUCUGUUGUCAUGACAUUAUAGCGUAAUUGCAAUGAAUGUGGUGAAGCUUAAUCAUUAUCCGAGUAUAUAUACAAAAAAUGUUGGUAUCUCAAAUAUUUUGGAUCUUCGAUAAUAAAAUUCAGAUCAUUCAAGAAACAUUGAAUCGCAAGAAGAGUUUUACUCGAUAAUACUAAAAAGAAGUAACAAUUCUCUUGAGACUCUUUCUCAUUGGAUCUUGACGCUCGAUUCUUCAGCGAAUUUUACAAAAUUCUUCUGGCGAUCCUUCAACGAAUGAAGCGUCAAAAUGAUCCGAGUGAAAGUGAUCGUGUGAUAGACAGUAUUUUUAACAUUCCAAUUACGGCGAUCAAGGAAACAGGAGCCGCGGUGCAAACUUUUAGCCCAGAAAAUUCUAAGGCCAUCGAUAGUAUUUUAAAGAUCCCUGUUUCGACCUUAGAAGCUGUUGGGGCUCUAGUAAAACAAACGUCUGGGCAGAGACUCCAGAAUGCCGAAGAGUUACAACGAAUACGCCAAGAAAGAAGAGAGAGAAUAUUAGCUCAAAGGGAACGACAGAGAUUCCAAAGAGAGCAACUUCAGCAACAACGUUUCAAACAGCAACAAAUGAAGAGAAACGUUAAGAACAAUAACAAAAAUUCCUUUGGUUUAAACACCCUCUCCUUCCUGGUUAGUAAUCAUGGUAUCUUAGGUAGUAUUCAAGGUCCGUUUGGCGGGUACAGUGGAAAUGGUGGUGGACAUGGUGGUCAUGGUAGUCAUGGUGUUCAUGGUGGUCAUGGUGGUCAUGGAAAUCAAGGUACCCAUGGAGGACAGGGCAGUACAGGUGGUUACGAAGUCCACGAAAACGUAGAAGAAGACACAAAUUAUUCCUGGCAUGGGAUCACCGCUGGGUUUGGUACGAUUUCUGGCUCUCGACCAACUAGCGCGCAUAUUUCCAUACAAAAUAAAGUCGCCCCUAAAGAUAAAAGACCAAACAAGUAUUACGACGAUUUUCGAAUACAGAACAAAAUUGCUCCGAAUAAAGAAAAUGGACUAGACUAUGAAGAUGAUCCUCCACUGCAGAACAAGAUUGCACCCAAAAGCAGCAGAAUAUCGUUUCAAUCAUAGAACAAAUUCAUCAAACAGUAAAAUGAAUUCAAUCUUUUAGUUUUCUAUCACGCGUAACAUACGCUGCCAGUUAUACUCGUACAUAAGUAUUAGGAAUUAGGACAUCUACUUGUAGUAUUUAUUGGAAAAAUCAAAUUUUACUUUGUCUAAUAUUUUAUAUUACAAGGCUCCUGUAACGCAAUUGAAAUGACAGAUUUAUAAUAAGAUAAGUAGAAUAUAGAAUAACAACAAUGAAAUGCAUUCGAUUACCAAAUGUCCUAAUACCUACAUACGUUCGUAUGUAUGUUUAGCAGUGCACGUUACUUUAAAUGUUCUACCAUUGUAAAGAGAAGUGACAUCGAAGA